GUGCUUUCCAGUGGGAACGAUUGGAAGAAGAUAUAAAAAAGAAGUUGAAGGAUACAGAAAAAACUGAACAUGUGCUUGAGAAAGUUAAAUGUAUCCUGAAAACUCCAGGGAAGCUAAACUCUGUAAAGGAGUGCAGGUCUCACCAGAUGGGUGAUCGGCUGUACAGUACUUCGCUCAGGCUGUUCUUUAACACGCCUGUCCUAGCUGAUGUCAUCUUCAAAAUACAAGGUGCCAGUGUACCAGCCCACCGAGCAGUUCUGGUAGCUCGCUGCGAGGUGAUGGCAGCUAUGUUUAAUGGUAAUUAUCUAGAAGCAAAUAGUGUUCUGGUUCCAGUGUACGGGGUUUCCAAAGACACUUUCCUCUCCUUUCUAGAGUAUCUCUAUACCGACUCCUGCUGCCCAGCCAGUAUUCUCCAAGCUAUGUCUCUCUUGGUCUGCGCAGAGAUGUACCAAGUGAUGAGGCUCCAGCAUAUCUGUGAGCUGUACAUCAUCACGCAGCUCCAGAGCAUGCCUAGCAGGGAGCUGGCGUCCACGAGUCUCAGCAUUGUCAGCUUGCUUAAGAAAGCCAAGUUUCACAAUUCCGAUUGCCUUUCCACUUGGCUUCUUCAUUUCAUUGCCACUAACUACCUCAUCUUCAGCCAAAAGCCUGAAUUUCAAGAUCUUUCAGUGGAGGAGCGCAGUUUUGUGGAGAUGCACAGGUGGCCAUCCAACCUGUACCUGAAGCAGCUCGCAGAGUACAGGAACUACGUCCACUCGCAGAAAAGCCAUUGCGCCAUGAUGUAG